AUGACGCAGACACGUUCUCGAAAGGAGAUUGAUGAUCAGCUUCACCGGCAGGAACAGAAGUUGACGGAGGUAUCUACAAAGCUCCGACAACAAUCGAUGGAUCACAAGGCGAGCAACAAGGAGUUGAAGAAACAAUUUGAGUCAAAAUUUGCCAGUACAAACUCUCAAUUGGCAGAAAUUUGCGAACAAUUGAAGAUCUUGAUCUCAGCUUCACAGGCAAGGAACUCAAUCUUGAACAAUCCAGUGAUAAUGGAGAGACUGCCAAUUCAAAAUGGGCAUCUCACUCAGGACGAACAACACUUGUCGUUUCACCAGAGAAAUCAGCCAAUUUACAAGAAGCUAACAAAGGCAAGGCAGUGGAAGUUCAAGAAACGGUUAAAGACAAACAGGCGAGACCGCAAUGGUUUACUCAACCAAAGAAUGAACUUCCAGUAUUCACCAGAGAACAACUCAGGGAUUGGCUCAGGAAAUGAGCCAAGUUUUUCAUUCUUCAUCAGAUCUCUGAGGAAGAAAAGGUUGAUGUCAAAUUGUACCUAG